AUGAUCAAGGAGCUGAAGACUGUUCUCGCGGAGGUGGCGGCGGACCUCCCUGAAGCCGACAAGCACGACGCCGCCCACUGGCUCAGCUGCGCGCUGUGCCCGAUCUCGCGCCACGACGCAGCGUCCAGGACCAUCGAGAGCUUGCGCCGCUUCCACGCGACGCCCACGAAGGACGACCAGGGGAAGCUGAUCGAGGACGAGACGCGUCUCUGGGAGGCCGCGAUCAACGGCCUCGUCCAGCUCUUCCUCGGCGACCGCAUGGAGUCCCGCAGGGACGCCAUCACCUGCCUCUCGCAGAUCGCAGACAAGUCGCGCUUCGCGAGGCAGUACGUCAUGGACGUGAUGGCGCGCCACGGCGUGCACAUGCGCAUCCGUUGGGAGACGAACGGGUUCGAUCCCUGCCGGCCCGUGUUCGAGUACAGUCAGACCAACUCGCGGGACUCGCUGGCGGCGAUGCGUGGCGCGCUGCCGGCCAUGGCGUGGCUGACGGUGCCGGACGACGCCGCGGGGCUCGUGCCGGAGGACAAGCGCACGACGCGCAAGGAGGGCGUGCUGGAGCCGUCGACGGUGUAG